AUGAAAUUGGCGGGGUUUGAUAUAGUUAUAGGCAUGGAUUGGUUGUCGUUUAACCACACUCAAAUUGCCUGUGAUAAGAAGCAAGUUAUGAUCAAAACCCCUUCUGGUGAAUCAAUCACUAUCCAAGGUGAUACGCACUAUGGAUUGCCUGAUCAAGUGACUAUGCUAAAGGCAUCCAAGUGUUUGAAGAACGGUUGUGUCAUUUACAUGGCACAAGUAACAGUAGACAUGCCGAAGCCCAAGAUAGAAGAUAUUCCUGUUGUUACAAAAUACCCAGAUGUUUUUUCUGAAGAACUAUCUAGUCUACCUCCCGAGAGGCAAGUAGAGUUCAGAAUUGAUAUUAUACCAGGAGCAGCACCAGUUGCACGAGCUCCUUACCACUUAGCGCCAACCGAAAUGAAAGAAUUAAGAACACAGUUAGAUGAACUAUUGGAGAAAGGCUAUAUUUAA